AAACUAUUUCCGUUGAAAUUUAUUGAAAUGAUAAUUUCACGACUUGGACUUAAUUUGCCACGAAUUCUUCACUCAAAUUGGUCUUGUUUUUGAGUAUAUAAGGUGCUCUUCAAAUUUUUCUGAGGGUUAAGCCCUAAAGACCAACCAUCAUGUCAAGUCGGGCGUGUAGUCACUGUGGUUGCAGUGAUAUUGAUACUGACCCUGCCAGGGGAGAUGCAGUGUGUACCGGAUGUGGCUCUGUACUGGAAGACCAAAUUAUUGUUUCUGAGGUCCAGUUUGAAGAGAACCGUCUCGGUGGGGCAUCUGUCAUUGGACAGUUUGUAUCCAGUGAAGGUAACAAAGGCCAUUCAAUGGGAAGUGGCUUCCACCAUGGAUUUGGCAAAGAAUCUAGAGCUAUCACUCUGCAAAAUGGUAAAAGAAAAAUUCAGCAGCUAGGUGGACAGCUCCGUUUGAACAGUCAUUGUAUAGAUACAGCAUAUAACUUCUUCAAGAUGGCUGUCAGUAGGCGACUAACUAGGGGAAGAAAAACAACCCAUGUUGUAGCAGCUUGCUUGUAUUUGGUCUGUAGGACUGAAGGCACACCUCAUAUGCUGUUGGAUUUUAGUGACCAGCUUCAGGUGAAUGUGUACACACUUGGACGCACAUAUUUGCAGCUAUCAAGAGAACUUUGUAUCAACGUACCAGCUAUUGAUCCAUGUCUGCUGAUUCCAAGAUUUGCACAUAAACUUGAGUUUGAAGAUAAAACCCAUGAGGUUUCCAUGACAGCAUUGAGACUUGUCAGUCGUAUGAAAAGAGAUUGGAUGGGGCUUGGUAGACGUCCAUCUGGCCUUUGCGGAGCAGCGCUGUUUGUAGCUGCCAGGGUACAUGAUUUUGACAGGACAAUGAAAGAAAUCAUUAAAGUUGUGAAAGUUUGUGAAGGUACACUGAGAAAAAGGUUGAAUGAGUUUGAGAUGACAGCUAGUAGUCAGCUAACAAUAGAUGAAUUCCACAAAAUAGACUUAGAAGAGGAGGCUGACCCUCCUGCCUUCACACAGGGUAAACUAAAAGCAAAACUAGCUCUGUUUGAUGAGCAAAAUAAAAUGCAUGAACUCACUGAAGAAAUCGAAACUGUACAGAAUCAAAUAGAAUUUGCUUUAGAAUCGCCAAAAAAACGUGGACGGAAUAACGAUGAUAUGUCAAGUAUAUGUUCAUCAACGCCAUCUAUUAGUGAUUUUGAUGAUGAACUUAGUCAAUGUAGUAAAGAUGCUGUUAGUAAUAUUAAAGAAGUGAUCUCGGAUUCUGAAGCUAAGCUUGACUCAAUAAUCAAUGAAAAUAAUUUCUGUGAUGACACUAAACUGAACAAGUUGGACAGUGUGCUUAUGCCUCCCCCAAAGCUUGAAGAACCCUUGACUCCAAGACAAUUGUUAGGCCCAGCUCCCACUGCUGCAAGUCUUGGUCUUAAUCAGUCUAUUGAAGAAUGUAUGGCGCCUGGUAUAGAAAAAGACAUACCUGAAGAUGAAGGCAUUCUAGACAUGACAGAUAUAGAUGAUGAAGAGCUUGAUAGGUUUAUACUCAAUCCCAAAGAGGUCCAAAUCAAAACUGAAAUAUGGACCUCAGCUAAUGCAGAUUAUUUAAAAGAAUUAAAAGAGAAGGAAGAGAGGGAAGCAAGAGAAAAAGAACUAAACAAAGACAAACCAGAAAAUUUAAAAAAGAAAAAGAAAUACAAGAAGAAACAGCCAAUUCAGGCAUCUACUGCAAGAGAGGCUAUCGAGAAGAUAUUACAAGAAAAGAAAAUCUCAAGUAAAAUCAACUAUGAUGUCUUAAAAGAUCUCAAUAAAGGUUUGGAUAAAAAACCAAUCACAGAAGAGACGCCAGAAAUGUCCAUAUUUGGAAGUCCAGGAUUGUCACUAGAGGCCACGCCAGUGCAUUUAAAAUCUUCUUUGUCAGAAAAAAGAAUCAGAAGAUCAAGCAUUUCACAAGAUGAACCUUUGCCAAAGAAGCCAAACAUCGAAGAGAUAGUCGUAGAAUCUGGACCGGUGCAAUAUGAAAAUGUUGAAGAUGAUGCAGAACAAGAUGAAGAUGAGGUGGAUGAGUUUGAAAAAGAUGCUGAAGAACCUUUAAGUGCUGCUCAAUUACUUGGUCAUGGAGAGUACCAGGAGGUCUAUGAUGAAAUUUAUUGAUGUCUUUUGUCUAGUACCUUCUUACCGGGAGUAAAAGGAAAUCUAUCUAAUUUAUUGAUGUCUUAGUGCAACUCAGUUACUGUAUCACUGGGAGUACAAGGAAGUCUAUGAC